GCAGAAACGGUGCCGUUUCCAUCUCCUCAGAUGAGAUUCCUCAUCCUCAAUCCACUCUCCAUUGAAGCUCAUACACAGUCAUUACAGUACACUCCUCCCAAGCCGUGUCCGACCCACAUCUUUUUACCCCACACCCGAGUCGUGUCGACACGGACACCGUGUCAGAACCCAGCAACACAUACAUAGGACAUAGGUACCAAUCUCUCUCUCUCUUGGUUGGAUUGUGUAAUUUAGUUUCUUUGAUCGAAGAAGAAGAAGACAUGUGGACUAAUGAUUGUUGUUGUUGUUGUUGUUGUAGUAGUAGUAGUUUGUAGAGAGAGCAUAUCUUCAUAUAUCAUAUAUCAUAUAUCAUAUAUGGCAUGUCGAAUAGGAGGACCAACAAUACUACUACAACAACCAUAUUUGUCACCAACACAGACUGAAUGCUCUGAAAGACCACCGAGUUUUAGUGGCAAAGUUUCGAAGAUUUCCUUAAAUUUUCAGACAAGAGGACAUGGAUGGAAAAUAGCUUUUGCAUUAGACACAGGUGGGAUUCCUGAUAAUGGCGGGCAAGAAAGCCUCAAUGGCAAUGGCCCCGAUCUUGGCCGUACUAGGUUGGGCAGAAUAGUGAGUGCAGGUGGUAGACAGCUAUUGGACAAGCUGAACUCGGCUAGAAAGAAUUUCCCCAUGAAGAUUUUUCUGCUUCUUUUGGGUUUCUACACAGCAAACGCGCUGGCAACAAUCCUUGGCCAAACUGGGGAUUGGGAUGUACUGGUUGCAGGUGUAGUUGUUGCUGCCAUUGAGGGGAUUGGUAUGCUUAUGUACAAAAAGCCUCUAUCUACUGGGAGAUUGCGGUCUUUCAUUGUGAUGAUGAAUUACUGGAAAGCUGGAGUUUGCUUGGGUCUAUUUGUGGAUGCUUUUAAAUUGGGUAGCUGAAGAUGCUUUCCCCCACCCUCCCCCCAAGUUUUGAGUACUUAUAAAACUUAAAAAAUCUUGUCUUUUUCUAAGGUCUUAUAAGACGGAGAGUUUGGUUCAUUUAUUUGCUGUUGUAACCAUGAGUCCCAUUCUUAGGUUGCUUGCAUUAGGUGUACUUGUAUCACAACCCUUCUCAAAUGUAAUUUUUCAGUUUUCACAUAUAUAUCUCUAUGUACAUUUAUGAUCCUUUUUUUCCCUCUCUAUUUUACAUGGAAUUUUUAA